AACAAUACUAAAUAGUGAAGAUCGCAUUCUUCUCUCCUCAGGCGAAGUCUGACUUUGAGCUGUGAACUUCUGCAGGGACAAACUGUGGAUUAGCAGUCUUUUGGAAUUGCACAGGUCAUUUUAAAAGAGUUCAUGUCUGACGGGGACCCAGAUACCGGCUAUUGUUCCGACGAUUUCGUCACCGUAUCUGAAUCUGAUUCUGAUUUUGAAGCAGACAUAGCGACGGAGGAAAGAACUUUCAGCAAUUGGGUAUCGGAAUAUACGAGACGCCAGAGCGACAAGGAGAAGUUAAAGGUGCUACCGCAUAAAGUCAACAAGCGUGUUAAGGCUCUUAAAAUCAUACAGGCAAAACAUGCCAAUAUCGAGUCUGAUUUCUUUAAACAAAUUCACAUGCUUCAAUGCAAACUGCACGAAAGCCAAGAUCCUGGAAUAAUCAGACGUAGCGUAAUAAUUCAAGGAAAAGAAGAACCCACUGAAGAAGAGUUGACUUUUAUGAAUGAUCAACUACCACCAGCAUCAACUGAACCUAACAAUGACGAUAUAAAAGGUAUACCCUAUUUUUGGUUCACCAUCUUCAAAAACGUAAAAUUCUUGAGAAACAUGAUGCUGCCGCAUGAUGAACCCGUUGUAAAGUAUUUAAAUGAUGUGACAGUUGUCGUCGACAGAGAUCCCAUGGCAUUUACGCUGAAUUUCCAUUUCCAACCCAACGAGUUCUUUACAAACACCGUUCUCACCAAAGAAUAUUUUAUUAAAUGCGAUCCGGAGGACAACCCGUUGCUGUUUGAAGGACCAGAAAUAUUUAAAUGUGUCGGAUGUCAGAUUAACUGGGCCCCUGGUAAGGAUGUUACCACCAAGACGGUGGGCAACAAAGGUUUGGGGUCCGUGGUUACCGUACGCCACAAUUCCUUUUUCAACUUCUUCUCACCACCACUAGAGCCCGAUCCUUCACAUGAAGAUAAAGAUUAUUGUAAACGUGUGAGGAAUUUAUUACUAAGUGAUUACGAAAUUGGUGUCUAUAUCAAAGAGCGCAUCAUUCCUAGAGCUGUACUUUAUUUUACUGGAGAAGCAUUGAAUCAUGAUGACAAACUGGACGAAGACGAUGAAGACGAAGAAAAUAAUUCCGAUGGCGCAGAAGAUAACGAAGAAACAGAGAGGGAUGCAGCUGAGGAGGACAAUGAAAAUUCUAACUAAGACUAUUAUAUUACUUUUUCUACCUUAGAUUAAUGAACUUAUACCUCCAAUAAUAUUUAUAUAUAUAUUGUAUAUUGUAACAAUUAAUUUAAACACAUUUUGAUAAAAUUUUCAAUAAAUUAUUAGUUUUUAUACAAUUUUUAUUUUAAUUUAUUUGAUUUAAGUUAAUUAAUAUAAAAAUUAUUAUUAGGUAAUGCAAUAAGAUACAACACAAACUUUUUAGAAUUAUAAGGAAAAAACUAUAAUUAAUUUACUAUUGCUGUUUUAUACAUUAUAAACAUUUUUAUAUUUAUUCUGACUUGAGGUGGACACAAAUAUAGCAGCUAUAUUUUGAAAGAGAUUUUUAAUUAUUAAAUUUGUGUUGUUUAAUUUAACAUGGACUCUACAUAAUAAAUAUACCAUUUUCCGAAUAUACAACAAGUUUAUAUUUCUUCAAGCUUCUUGAAUUGCUAUGAUAUGUAUGAGUUGAUUUUGAAAUUUGUAAAAUUUUUGUGUCGAAUUUGGCUGUAAAGGUGAUCCUCAUGUUUUCUAUAGGGCUGAUGCCUGGAAAUUGUGACGGGCAAGAUAAAACAUCGAUUCUUUUAACCAAUCCGUCACAAUUUCGGGUUUGUGUUUAGCAUGUUGAAAAACAUUUAUUAAGAGCAUUCAAUAAUGGAACUGAAAUGUUUUAUAUCUCUGUACAUAAAUCAAUUUAAGGGAGCCUACGCCAGAAGAAUGGAAGCAUCCCCAUAGUAUAAUUAAACCGCCACCAUCUUUCACUGUGGGUAUAACGAAACUUUUUGUCUAGUUUUGUCCCUAUAGAAUGUUUAACAUAAGCUGAACUAUAAUUUUUUAUAAAUAAAUUUAAACGCAAUACUUUAAGCUAUAUAUUUAUGUUCAGUGGUCCAGUGAAUGUAAUCUUAAGCAAGUCAAAAUUAGACUUUUAAAGUUUUUGUAUAAACCAAGUCUGGCUUUUCUUGUUGUUGGGGGCAAACGAAUG